AUGGAGAACAUUGCUAACAAUGAAAGUAUAGAGCAAAAUCACCAGCAACCCGGGCUCAAAGGAAAGAAGCUUUCCUUCCAAAAGUUGCGAAGAAAUGAUUCUCUUGAAAUGGAAUCUCGCAGCUUUCCCACCUCCCACAGCCAUGCGUCUACAGGGACAGCAAUGACGGUGAUUCUGCAACUUGCGUUUCAAAGUAUUGGAAUAGUGUACGGAGACAUCGGAACAUCGCCGUUGUAUGUGUAUUCAAGCACUUUCACGGAUGGCAUAAAGCACAACGAUGACAUAUUAGGAGUUCUUUCUUUGAUCUUUUAUACAAUCACUCUCAUCCCACUUCUAAAGUAUGUCUUCGUCGUUUUACGGGCCAACGACAAUGGCAAUGGAGGGACUUUUGCUAUGUACUCCCUGAUAUGCCGUUAUGCCAAAGUGGGACUCAUUCCAAAUCAACAACUUGAGGAUGCAGAAGUGUCUAAUUACCAGCUACAAUCACCAAACAAUCGUGAGAGGAGAGCAUCAAAGCUUAAGUCUAAUCUUGAGAACAGCCACUUUAUGAAGCUCUUCCUGUUAUUUGCUACCAUGCUUGGCACUUCCAUGGUCAUUGGUGAUGGUGUUCUCACCCCUUGCAUUUCUGUUUUGUCUGCUGUGGGAGGGAUUAAGCAAGCUGCUAACCAAAUAACUGACGAUCAAAUUGUUUUGAUAUCUGUAGCAAUCUUGGUCGGUCUUUUCAUGGUUCAGAGAUUUGGAACAGAUAAGGUAGGUUACACUUUUGCUCCCAUUAUCUGUAUAUGGUUCACCUUCAUUGGAGGUAUUGGCGUGUACAAUUUCAUCAAGCAUGAUCCAUCGGUUAUAAAAUCAAUAAAUCCAAAAUACAUAGUAGAUUACUUCAGCAGAAACAAGAAAGAUGCUUGGAUUUCUCUUGGUGGUGUUGUUCUGGCCAUAACAGGAACUGAAGCACUAUUUGCUGAUGUUGGACAUUUCACAGUUCGGUCCAUACAAAUAAGUAUGUGUUCUGUCACUUACCCUGCUCUCAUAUUGGCUUAUGCUGGACAAGCAUCCUUUCUUCGUAAACAUAACAAUCUUGUUAGUGACACAUUCUACAAGUCCAUACCAGACUCUCUAUAUUGGCCAAUGUUUGUGAUUGCUGUUUUGGCAGCAAUUAUAGCUUCUCAAGCCAUGAUCUCUGGUACUUUCUCUAUAAUUCAACAAUCCCUAUCGCUGGGAUGUUUUCCUCGUGUGAGAAUUGUACAUACAUCAACCAAGUAUGAAGGACAAGUUUAUAUCCCAGAGGUUAACUACAUCCUCAUGAUUGCAUGUAUUGCCAUCACUGUUGGGUUCAAAACCACCACCAAAAUUGGCAAUGCUUAUGGGAUAGCAGUGGUGUUUGUAAUGACACUUACAUCUGCUUUGCUUGUGCUAAUCAUGAUCAUGAUAUGGAAGACCAACAUGCUAUUGGUUAUUGGUUAUGUGCUCAUUAUUGGUUCUGUGGAGCUUACUUAUUUAAGCUCAGUUUUAUAUAAAUUUGACCAAGGAGGGUAUCUUCCUCUUGCAUUUGCUGCAGUGCUAAUGAUCAUCAUGUAUGUUUGGAAUAAUGUGUACCGAAGGAAGUACUAUUAUGAACUAGAUCAUAAGGUUUCUCCAGAGAAGGUUAGAGAGAUUGCUGCUAACACAAAUUUUUGUAGAAUGCCAGGUCUUGCAUUGUUUUACUCUGAGCUUGUUCAAGGUAUCCCACCAAUUUUCAAGCAUUAUGUGGCAAAUGUGCCAGCACUGCAUUCAGUCCUUGUCUUUGUUUCAAUCAAAUCAUUGCCUAUUAGCAAAGUUCCAAUGGAAGAAAGGUUCCUUUUUAGACAAGUACAGCCUAAAAACCUCAAUGUAUUUCGAUGUGUUGUUAGAUAUGGAUACACUGAUGUGCGCAAUGAGCAAGAACCUUUUGAGAAGUUGUUGGUUGAAAGGUUAAAGGAAUAUAUUGCUGAGGAAUUUUUGUUGUCACAAAAAGUGCUUAAGAAUGGUCAAACUGAUGAAAACUACAACGUUGAUGAUGAUAAAGUUAAUGGAGCACAAGAAAUUAGUGAUGAUGAGAGAGUACAAGAGGCAAUUGAAAGAGAGAUUGAGGAAGUUGAGAAAGCAUCACGAGCAGGUGUUGUUCACUUGAUUGGUGAAAAUGAGGUGAUUGCCAUCAAAGGAGCUAACAUUGGGAAGAAGAUUUUGAUAGAUUAUGCCUACAAUUUCUUGAAGAAAAACUUGAGACAGAGUGACAAAAUAUUUGAUAUUCCACACAAGCGUAUGGUCAAAGUGGGAAUGACCUACGAACUUUAA